CGGCAUCAGAGGGUCUCUCCUCCUCCCCCGCCCCUCCCCCUCACGUGCUGCCGGGUGUCAGUCGGUGCAUUGACCGGUUGUGCUUGAGCCGCGGCCAUGCUGCUUUCCGCUGUGGUGCACACCUACUCAUUGCGGUAUAUGUUGCCCGCUACGAUAAUGCUGGGGGUAGCUCCGCCGUAUUUGCUGGCCUGGGGCUGCUGGAGAUUCUUGAGCGCCUUGCUACCCGAACGGCUUUACCGGCGGGGAGAUGACUGUCUCUACAACCUCUACCAGAGUAUGGUGCUCUUCUUCUUCCAGCACUACACCGGGGUGCAGAUCAUCAUCUAUGGGGAUUUGCCAAAGAAAGAAAAUGUCAUAUAUCUGUCAAAUCAUCAAUGUACAGUUGACUGGAUCAUCGCAGAUAUGUUGGCUAUCCAGCAGGAGGCACUGGGUCACGUACGAUAUGUUCUGAAGGAUGGCCUAAAAUUUCUCCCUCUCUAUGGAUGGUAUUUUUCUCAGCAUGGAGGUAUUUAUGUAAAACGAAGUGCCAACUUCAAUGAGAAGAAAAUGAGAAACAAAUUGAUGUCUCAAAUCAAAGCAAAAACACCAAUGUAUCUUGUUAUUUUCCCCGAAGGAACUAGAUACAAUCCUGAGUUGCCCAAGGUUAUCGCUGAUAGUCAGACUUUUGCAGCAAAAGAAGGGCUUCCAGUAUUAAAUCAUGUAUUGACGCCACGUGUGAAAGCCACUCAUGUCGCAAUUACUGCGAUGGAGGAUUAUCUUGAUGCUGUGUAUGACAUUACUGUCGCAUACGAAAAAACUACCGACCAAAAUGGAAAAAGAAAAGAAGCACCGUCAAUGACAGAAUUUUUAUGUAAGGAAUGCCCAAGAAUUCAUAUUGUUGUGGAACGUGUGGAUCAGAAAGAUAUCCCAAAGGAACAGAUAUUUAUGAGAAGAUGGCUUCAUGAGCGGUUUGAAAUAAAGGACAAGUUACUCACAGAAUUUUAUGAAACUACAGAUCCUGAAAAACGAAACAAGUUCCAUGGAAAAGGUCAAGAGGCUAAGCUCAGCUUGAAAAGAACAGUGCCAUCUUUAUUAAUCCUAACUGGUAUAACUGUGGGCAUGCUUUUUUCAGACACCGGAAGAAAAGUAUACGUGAAAACAUGGAUAUAUGGGACUUUACUUGGGUGUCUUUGGGUCAGCAUCAAAGCCUAAGGGAACUGUUUAUCACAAAUCAGCUGCACAUGAUACCAAAACUUUCUUGUAUCUCAAAGACCUGUAUAUAAUGCCUUAUUCAUUACUGCUUUGAAUCAUAUAGAAUGUACAACAGCUGCAUAUGUGAUUAGUCUAACGUGUGUACUGUUUUUUAAUAUUAAUGUGUUCUGCCCAAAACUUGGAAACUAAAGUGGUACGUGGACUAUAUUGAACCUGCACUUUUCUAUCCUGUUUAAGGAAUUGUCAGAUUUCAUUGUGGUUAAGUUCAGGGUCUCAUACCAUAAUUAAGUAGACAUCCAUCUAGAAAAUAAUUAACAUUUCACAACUAUAUCUAAUAUAAUGUCUUUUUAUUAGCUUUCACUUAGGUUUGUGCGCACUAUUUUUUUAACAUAGCCUCCCUCGUUCAAUGUUUAUUCAUUAGAUUUAGUUAUAGCUUAUUAUUUUUUUUAUAUAUGUUAAACCAUUUGUAUACAUUAUAUGCCAUAACCAGUAAUGUUAUACUAUUCAAUGAAAUUUGCCAAUGGGCUGCAGUAAGCGGAAUUGAAUUCAUAUAGAGUUAUGACGCAGGUGCCUUAUUGUUUAUAUCUAAUUUAUCCUUAUUUAUGGGAAAAAAUGUCUACAAAGGAUUACCAUCCUUUGAAAUAUUAUUGUAUGAAGGUAGUUGUCACACAUACAUUCAGAUUUAGGCUAUUGGAUUAAUAUGGUAGAGGAUUUCAACCAUUAAAGCAUACUGAACCAGUUAAAUGUAUAUUGUGAUUCACAGUGCUGCAACACACAGACUAAGUGUUUACAUUAAUCUGUAGAUAAUAUUCUUAUAUUUACCUUUUUUAUUCUUAUUUGUGUAGGGGAAAACAACAGAUGGCACCUAAAAUGUAUAUGACAUUAACUAGAAUAUUUAAUUACUCACCUCUCCUCAAACAUAUCAUAGUACAACCAAUUCCUACAGUAUGGUCUGCCACUCAUGCAGAGGUUCAGGGAUAUACACUAUACACAUGCAUUCCACUGGACUUUCAAUCCAUGCUUGAUGGUCCAGUAGUAACUGAGACUUCAGCAUGCUAAGUUCUAGUUAGUCACAUAGUCUAAGGCUGUGAUUCUUAUGCUUGCAGCACACACAAUCUGAUGGUCAGGUAGUAACUAUGAGACUUCAGCAUGUCUAAGUUCCAGUAAGUAGUCACACAGUCUAAGGCUGUGAUUAUUAUGCUUGCAGCAUACACAGUCUGAUGGUCAGGUAGUAACUGAGACUUCAGCAUGUCUAUGUUCCAGUAAGUAGUCACAUAGCCUAAGGCUGUGAUUAUUAUGCUUGCAGCAUACACAGUCUGAUGGUCAGGUAGUAACUGAGACUUCAGCAUGCUGAAUUCUAGUAAGUAGUUACAUAGUCUAAGGCUGUGAUUCUUAUGCUUGCAGCACACGCAAUCUGAUGGUCAGGUAGUAACUAUGAGACUUCAGCAUGUCUAAGUUCCAGUAAGUAGUCACAUAGCCUAAGGCUGUGAUUCUUAACCAGGGUGUUGGACCUCCCUUGCUCACCACAGCCUUUAACUGAGGGUUUUACACACAAUUAGCACUGAGGAUACAUAUUGUGUUCUACUGCCAGUAUAUCUAUUGGUCCACAGUAUAUACUUUUUUUUUAUCACUGUUAUAUUAAAGGGAUAUAAAAACCAAGAUUAAACACUGUCCUAUAUAGGUAAGCAAAUUGCCUCACCUUAUAUUGUAUCAUCCCUCCUUUCCCCCUAAAAAAGCUAUUAUUCAGCUAGCAAUUUUGAGUAUUUUCUUAUGUUGUAUUGUAGGCAUUCAGGGUUACAGAUGCUUGAAAUAAUUGCCUUACUCAAUUAGUACCACGUCAUGCUAUCCUGCACAAUUUUUAUAUGGAGUAGAGGAAACUAUUUGUAUAACAUUAACCAUUCUUACUAUUUUGUGUAUUAUAUUUGCUUCAUUUUUUUUAAUUUUAUUUUUUUUAAUUGUGCCAUGUUGAUGUCUCUGUGCAAGAGAUGUAUACUUUGUUUCACACUGUUUACACAAUGUUGUAAGACACGGUCAAAUUUAAUUGCAAUUUUCAAAAUAAAAUUUGUUAUAGUAUGCUAA